AUGUCACAACCCACAGCAGCAUCUGGCGACACUCUUCCCCCUUUACCCAAAGAUCACCUAUCUCAUCCUUCCGAUUGGGUGACAGGUUCUGAUCCAGCUACGGAGAAACAAAAAGGUUUUAUAAAUGUUUUAGAGGAUCAACAUCGUGAUCUUGUCCCUGCAGAUGGAUUGGAUAAGGAGAAUUUAGGAAAGAGCGAAGCUUGUGAGAUUAUCGAUUCUCUCAAAAAUGGACAACCGGUCAAUAUCACGUUUACUACUGGACAAUCGGACAAGGAUGGUGAUGAUCUUAUAAAGACUGAAGCUCAUAGAACGAACGAUGAAGAAGGUGCAGAGCAGGCAGGCGAUGGGGAGGAGGAGAUAGUUGCGGAUCAAAUUGACACCAAGUCGUCCAAGAGGUCAAUGGAAGAGGUAGUGGGAGAACAAGACAAACGAGUGGAGGUCGGGAAAGAGGAUGGAGAGGAAAAGGGGGACGUCGUUAUGAACGUUGAGAAUGGAAUCACGACACAUGAAGGGGAAGAAACGCACAAUAACACUGCCACUCACAAGAACGGACUAUCAGGCAACAAACGAUCUGACCCCCAUGAGAAUGACGACGGCGAAGAACGAAAUCAUAAGAAGGUCAAGACGUCCAAUCUAGAAACAAAAACACACGAUGAUGAUCCAGCAACUAAUAAUACAAAUCACACUUCCCACGAAACACUCGAAGAGCGUGCUAAGAAGUCGAAUAACGGAUCGCAUGACGAGAAGAAUGGUACUAUCACUGAAUACAUGAAACCAUCUUCCCCUUCAUCUCAAAAACAGUCCCAGUCUGUCCACUCUACCUCUAAACCGACAAACACAAAUGGAGAAGGAAAUAUCUUGCACGUAGAAAAUAAUGGAAGCAACAGUAAUGGAAUCGAUAAACCCGAUGAAACGGUGCCAGGCGACGGACGACAUCUGGACCAUCCUGAGAAUUGGGCAACGGGAGGAGAACCUCCUACUGGUAAACAAAUUGGGUUUCUGAAGGUUUUAGAGAAGCAAAAGGGGGUUCAUGUUGAAGUUGAGGGUUUGAACAAGAGUGAAGCAAGUGAGAAGAUUGACGAGUUGAAGAACAUGUGA